AUGCGUUCUGCUUUGAUCUUCGCCGCUAUGGCCGCUGGCGCCUGCGCCAAGGUUGUCGAGAAGGAUGUUUACGUGACCGACUGGACCACCACCACCGUCACCGAGACUGUCACCGCCUGGCCCACCAACACCCCGACCACCCAAGCCCUGGUCAAGGAGGACACUGUUGACUCCCAGCCCUCCGUGGCCCCCACCGUCAAUGCCCUGCCCACCGUCGACCUGUCUAAGAAGUCCACCGUGACCGAAUCCGCUACCCAGGAGGCCGCGGCUGCCACUCAGGACGCCGUUGAGCAGGCUCCUGCCCCUACUACCAGUGCCACCACCUGGUACCAGACCUCUUACUGGACUGAGGGGGCUGCUGCCCCGACCACCGAAGCUGCCCCUACCACCCUAGCUGCCACCACUUCCGCUGCCGCCGCAUCUACCCCCACCAACUCUUACCAGCAGGCUAUCCUGUACAACCACAACGUCCACCGCAGCAACCACUCUGCCAGCUCUGUCACCUGGUCUGGAUCCCUCGAGUCCAGCGCCCGUACUCUUGCCGCCAAAUGUGUUUACCAGCACGACACUUCCAUUGAUGGCGGUGGCUACGGUCAGAACAUCGGAUACGGUGUUGAGGAGGCCUCCAUCGGUGAGAUGAUCACUAACCUGAUGUACAACGACGAGAUGAUGUACUUCGCCGAACUCUACGGAACCGCCAGCCCCGACAUGUCCAACUUCGACGCUUGGGGUCACUUCUCCCAGAUCGUCUGGAAGGGCACUGAGGAAGUUGGCUGCGCCACCGUUGUCUGCCCCUCGCUCGGCAACGCGGGUGGCUCCAACGUUCCCUUCACCGUUUGCAACUACUCGCCCGCCGGUAACUACGACGGCGAGUAUGCCGCCAACGUCCUGGCUCCUCAGGGCGCUGCCAUCUACACUGCCUAG